GGGACCAUCGCGUGCUUACUUUCUGAGGAAUGGUCAAAAAGAAGGACCUUUUUACUAACCAAAGUCAUCAAAAUUAUUUAAAUAACAGACUUAUCAUGGAAAAGUUUAAGCCACUGGUAGAGAUCCCUACACCAGCUGCCACCCCUUCCAGGGUUCAUCUUUAUGCAAUAGAAGGAGGGGCGAAGAAUAAGGUGGUUUAUCAGACUAAUUUGUGCCCAUUUGGAGGCAAAAGUGGGUUUAGGUACUCCUAA